AGGACGUGUUAAUACGGGGAAAACGAACGGAGUGUGUGCGUCGCGAAAUGUCCAUCUUGCUGCAGGAAACGGGUGGUGGUAACAGUGGCAGUACGGUGACCGCCGCAGCGACAACUCCUAGCGAGGACGGAAACAUCGGCUCGUCCCUUACCGUCGACAGUGUUCCGAUGACGAAGGAAACCUGUACGGGAGAUUGUCGUUAUGGCCGCAGCUGGAAGGAGUAUGUGGAGUUGCUGGCACAGAUGAGAGUGGUCGAUGUGGACGAGGGUGAAAUGGAAAAACAGCAGGACGAGACGUGUCCGGAAAGUGACUGUGUCUGUACGGCGCAACCCAUUUCGUCCGAAUGCCAUAAAGACGGUGCGGGCAAUCAGCAAAAGCCACAGCACAGUGAGAAUGUAUUUCCGCUCGACUGCUGCUGUCGAAUGUGCAACACGUCGCGGGAAGUGGUGAUGAAACUGUACGCGGAGGAUUGCCAGUACAACUCGCUGUGGGAUCGCUUGCAGUUGCUGAUGAAGCAGUACUACGAUCUGAUACCGGAGUCCGAGGAUAACGCGCUGUUCAAUCAGUACAUGGAGCUGAUGAGCAAAUCGUCCCUGAAAUGGUUAACGGAUGUGCGCUUUAGCAGGAAUAACAUUAUCCAGAUUUCACUCGCAUCCAAUCUGCCGCUGUCGAACGAGAUGGCCUUCGUGAUGCUAACGAACGUCCUGAGCACCCGUGAUCCGCACCAGCUCUUCGAGCUGCUCUGCUUUCAGCUCCGGUCGAUCGUGCAGGUGUAUUGCGUCGGUCUCGAGGACUUGGUCACCGAGAACCCGGAGGACGGUAGUCGCCAGUUUAACGCGACCGAGGUGUUGAAUUAUAUCGUUAACGGAUACAAGAAGCUGCGCCAGUCCGCGCGAACCGUCACCCCUUUGCUGAACGUCCUGGAGCAGUGUCAUAUGGUCAAGUUCGGGCUCACCUGGUGGUUGAUCAAUCAACGCAUUUUCCAACGCUACUUUUACUACGAGGUGCAGAGCAUAGUACCGGAUUGUAUGAAACAGAUGCGAGGUACCCUACCGGAACGCGAGUAUCAAGAGCUGGUUGCGCGGUUCUUAAAGUUUGACAAGGAAAUGGCAGAUAUUGCGCUCAUGUGGGUUGAUGUGUGGCCACUGCUAUAUGAGUACCACCGUUCGACCGAUGAUUGUGAGCGGCGUCACCGCAUCAAGACGGUGCACGCGCUGCUGCAGUCCAUACGCGGUGCACGCUACAUGCCGAAGUCGCCGGAACUGUUUGAAAAGCCCGAACGACCGAUAGCGGAGUGGAUGGAGCUGAAAAACAGGAAGCUGGCAUGGGAGUACGUGGUGCACUGUCUGAAAACGAAAUGGAUACCCGGCAUUAGUACGCGCCUGACGAACGCAGCCGAUGUCGUUAAGUGUCCCGGGUGUGAUCGUCCAUUGAACACGCACAACAUGGUGUGUGCAUGUCUAUCUUGCAUUAUCGGUGGUGGGAUUUUUCCAUACCGGCCGAAGAAGGAAGUCAACGAACGGUACGGCAUGUGUACGUGUGCGAACAUGAUCGAAAUAUUGCUCGAAAGUCAAGGCAAGACUGUACCCGGCUGCGAUGACGAUAAUGCGGUGGUAAACGCACAUCAACUUUUGUCCUCAUCGAUGUUGCUAACCGACGGUGAUGCUGGAAAGCGAAAUGGAUGCGCAAACACAGCCUCCCGGCUACAAAACGAUGACCCGAAACUGGACGAUCAAAAGGACAACCAGGAGCAGGAUGCUGCCGCCUACCUUCCGCAAAUGCAAUCGUCGAGUGAAAAUGAAGAGCUUUACCAUAUUGCGUGGGCCAUAUUCAAGCAUCUCCCCGAUCGAGUACCGUACAGAUGGAACACCUUGGAACCGACGCGCUUUUGCACCUUCCAAGCAUCGCCCUGCUCCUCGAUUGCUUGCCGCGUAGCGGUCAACAUUAUCGCGAUAAACUAUCCCAUCCACCUGUCCCGGCUGCUGAUACAUUCGUACAAACCGGUCAGCGAGGAACCGCGGCGCAUCAUGAAGGGUAACUGGAACACGAAGGCUCGUAAUUCGCUGCGCAAGCUGUGCAGCAAACGUUGGCAAGAGGAGAUGGACGAUCAGAUGCACCCGUUGCGGUUCGUCGAUAUGUUUUGGCCGCUGCAGAACCCUACGCUUAAUCUGCCACGCGCGUCCGAUUUGGCGGAAUGGUUCAUGCUCGACACGCAGGAACCACCGCGCAAUGUGUUCUAUCAGUAUUUUACAAAGUUUUUCCUUGUGAAGGACGACGACAUCGUCUUCGAUGUGGAAUGUUACGAGCGGGACCGGGAACGGUCGGUUUCGCCCAGCCGGAUGCGCGAAAGUUUAAUGCAGAAGCUGGAAACGCACAGCGCUGCGACGCUUACGACGUCUGCAUCGUCCGGAUCGUCCUCUUCGUCCUCCUCCUCCUCAUCGUGCUUGUCUAGCUCAACCUCAUCAUCGUCCUCGUCGUCCUGUUCGUUUUCCACAGCUUCAGCAGCGUCGGUAGCGGCCGCUGCAGCUGCUGCAGCGGCAGCCGCCUCAUCGUUUAUCGAACCUAUGGUUACCUCGACGGUCGCGAACGGGAGUGCAAAUGAGGGCAGAGGUUGCACCUGUAUUUGUAAUAGUUGCGUGACGGAGUUUCUAUCCCAGUCAGAAAUGAUGUCGAAACAGUUCGACCCGCUGGCCAGAGACUCGCUAACCCAGCGCACGAACAUGCUGGAAAUGGAGCUGAAAGCACUGUUGAAGGAACGGAAUAUGUUGCUGGAGAAGGGUGGAGGAAUGAAUGCAUGCAAACUAUUAAAGCGUGAUGAUUCAUGCACUCCGAAAGCUGCCCACGAACCAUCGAAAGUCGAUUUGAAUGUGGAAAGCGAGGUAACGAAAUCAUCUAUUCCCACAUCCGAUGUGGGAACGAGGCUGGCAGAGGCUACCGAUGCAGCGAACAGCACGGAACAGCAGCAGAUUGGUAAUUCGAAGGAAGUAAAUGUGAUAUCUUCGAGCUGUGAGAAGGAAAGCGUAGCUGCUACGAAUGCGCUAGUAGCGCCACAAUCCAAAGCAUCCGCUACCGCAACUGCCAUUUCUCCAUCGAAAGCAUUGUUAAAUGAAAACAACCCUAAAGAUAUACCUACAGCAUCAACCUGUUCGAUACCGCGAUGCGAUACUGCACAGACAACGGCUACGAAUUCAGAGCUUCAAACACCCGCAAAACUAUCUGCAUUUGCAAAACUGGCCGCAAGUAAAUUACCGACAUCGGUCAGCAGUACCCCAGCCGGAAAAUCAAUACUAAAGCAGGAAGGUACCACGGCUAGUGCAAACGGUGCAUCCGUGAAACCGAAAUCACUUUCCGCCUCACAACCAACAACUGCUAACGGAAACCGUACGCUAACCAUUCCUAUCCCAGCAGCAGCAGCAGCGACACAAACGCACAGCACCAGCAAACCAUGUCCCUGCGGGAUGCCUUCGCACGCUCCAGGUGCAAAGGCAGGAACGGGUUCGAAAACGAGACCGGCUGCUGGUACAACAGCGCAAGGAUCUACAGCUAGCGCAAGUACUGCCCACUCGAAAGAGGAUCACAAAAAGUCGUGCCAUCGUGGAACAGCGCCAGUCAGUGCAACCGGUGGAGAUAAAACCGAAGGAUCCUGCGUGUGCUAUUAUUGUACGCUGUUCGGGCAGAGUGUAUGUUUAGAAUGCAACCACAAUCAACGGACAAACGAAACACGUGAAAAGUUGCGGAAGAAAUUGCAGAACAAACAAGAGCAAAAAACUACAUCUAACAACGGCACGGCUGCGGCGAAGGGCCUUAACGCGGUUGCUGUGAAGAAGGUUACAAGCAACAACGCCACUACACCGGUAGGAUCAGCCGGUAAGGCAAGCGUGCCGCACAACACAGCAUUAUCUGCUCACAGCAACAGUAACACUGUUGCUGACAAAUCAAACAAAAAGGGUGAUAAAUCUGCAACCGCUCCUUCAACGUCCGACAAGGGAAAUCGAUUUCAAUCUAUUGAUGAUCUGUUACGAUUUAUCGAAGGAGACGAUACGUUUAAAGGUGCCAGCAACGCCCCAGCGAAGGGCAGCGGCAAAUCAAAUCGCCUGCAGUCGGCCGAAAAAGGUGAACACAAGCAGUCAACAAAUACAGCAAGCAUCCAGCCAGCCAAAAAAUCCACCACGACAGCGUCGACGGCGACCGGUAAAGAUUCGGAUACGAUAAAGAAGGCAAAGCUGAACGAGAGUCUCAAACUGAUAGCAGAGCUGGAAGUUUUGCGGCAACGGUUUUACGACUGUCAGAAACAUGAGCAGAAAGCCCUACAGCAUCUCCAAGACCAGUCGGGACUGAGCAAAAAGGAACGGAAAGAGCUGCCGCUCAAGAUACAGACGUAUCGGCAGCAGAAGAAUGAGCUGCACGCCACAAUUAACAGGCUCGUCACCAGCAUACGAAGUGAAAUUCCGGAAUAUCCAUUCAAGCUGGAAGCAUUCACCGCUCCGCCAUCGUGCUGCACUGCGCCACAGCAAAAACCGAGUCAGCAAAGCAUUAAUGCACCACGAGACGUGCAGGUCGGCGGGCGAAAGGUGGCACCGGGUGCCAUGCUUCCGCCACCACCAUCGACCCUCAAUGCUGCGGGAAAAGCACACAACAAUGUACAUGCGGCAAGGCUUGCAAAGUUACACGAAUCGAUCAACAAUUACAAACAGAAAAGACAGCAUCAGUUUGGCGAGUUCCAACAGCAGCAGAAUCAAAUGAUACAUGACCAUUUACAGCAGUUUAAACAGCAACCCCAGCAGCCGGCCGGACACAAUGAGGCCACUUCCCAACAGUUAGUCACGAUCAAGCGAACCUUCUUGCCCCAUCCGCAGCCACAAAUAACGGUUACGGCGAAGGGUGAUUCACCAGAUCAAGAUCAAAUAUUGUACACGUUCGUCAAUGGUAAGAUGGUGCUAAGCAAGGAACCGCUUAAUGCCGAUGAUCUAAGCAAUCUUUAUGAUAAACCGGGCACACUGUGGGAACAAACCAAAAAUGGUCCUGUUGCGAUCGAUCAAGCAAAGUUACAAAACACGAAUCGCUUCGACCCAGAUCGCGAUGAUCCACUUGCGCAUAUCGAGCCAUUUAAAGAUAGUGUUAUUACACGAAUCGACGAUCUGACACGCGAGCAGGAGCUGAUAAAAACUCUCCAGACUAACUGCAAGGGUGAUCCAGAGAUGCUCUGGUUAAUUCAGAAUUUAAAGAAAGAUUUGCUCGAAAUGCAAAAGAAUUCACCACAACUAUCCAGUAAAAUAGGCGGUGUCGCGAACAAAAGCAACAUUAAGGCGCCGUUGAAUAAGCAACCCAUCAAAAAAGAACCCGCCACCAAACCGAUCCCCACCAGCGGUGAUCAACAGGGAAGCAAAGGUAAAGCAUCAUCGUCCGCAAACGUACCGACGGUGGAGUUAAGCAAGGGCAAGAAUACAAAGGAUCGCAAAAAGGAUAAACUGAUUGAGGAGAUAGAUGAAAUAGUUGCGCGACUAAAUCUGCUAGAUAGUGACGAAGAAGACGCGAAAUCAACGUCAAAAAGGAAGCAAAAGUCAUCGUCCUCAUCGUCAUCCCAGACAAAGGUUCUAAAUCGAAAGCAAAGCAAAGACUCCAUUGUAUCCAGCGGAAGCGGGAAUGCAUCAGGAGGCUCUAAGCAACAAACAAAAUCUCAAUCGAAACAGCAGCAGACUGCUGGAGGGGUGCAAAAUAAGAGCAGUCAAUCGCAGGAGUCACAAAAAAAGAAAAAGGACUCAACAGCGGUAGCACAAAAACCAAUCAAGGACGAUAAACCCGUGGUAGGGGAAAAUGUAAUCAGCAAAAACAAGAGUAAGGCACAAUCUCAGCAAGCAGCGGUUACAGUGGAGUCUACUGCAGCCUCAGUGGAAGCAUCCACCAAAACGAUCGUACGCAAAAAGGCACCCAAGACUUUCAUCGAUCCCGAGUUCGAUAACAACGCGUUCCGACUGCUGAACAUGGAUGAUUCCGAGUCAGAUAUUGAAGAGGAAGAAGAGAUACCGGCAAUAGAAUCAGUGACCCCAUUGCAGGAAGAAGAAAUACCUCAAAGCUCUGCCCACCAACAGCCAAACUCGAACGUAUCGGUAAAGGAUUCGAAGAAGAAAUCGAAAGAAUCCAUGCUGGAAGUGUCGUCUACCGGAGCAACUGAACAGCAAGGACAACUGGACAACUCGAACAGAUCCGUCCCAGCUGCUGCGGCGAAAGGAGGUACGGAGAAAGAGAAAAAAUCGUCGCAGAAGAAAGCAGCCAAACCAGAAAAGGAACCAAACCCGUCAGCCUCCGGUGGAGCUGGUUCUGGGAAGCAAACCCGGGAUGACGUCGAAGGUUCGGCGAAGAGUGCAGGAACACCCAUUGGGAAUGGUGAUGGUCCGGAAUCGCGACCAAAGAAGCAAACACCAGCACAAGCAAUGGUCGAGAAAAUCAGUGCCCUGCUCGACAGUCCCGGUUUAUCGAACCGGCAGCGAAAGCAAAUGAUACGCCAGCUUGAGCAAGCGCAAGCAACCAUCCAAUCGCAGCUGUUACAAAAUGCGGCCAAAGCAACAAAGGCGAAAGUGCAAGCCCAGGCUCAGCAGGAGAAAAUGGCUAAUCAGAUGGCUACGAGUAUAGGCAACAGCGCGUCUAAAUCAUGCGCCAGCAAAGAAGCUAGCAACAGCAAACCACGACAAGCGAAUGUACCUAUAGGCUCAGUUGGCAAUGGUAAUGAAUAUAGCAGCAGUACUUCCGGCGCUCGCAACAGCCUUAUGGAGCAACUGAAACGUGGUAUUCGUGCAGAAGGGCUGGAUCUUCCACCCGGAAUUACGCUGACGCGCCUCGAUGCGAUACAGGCGGAAGCUCUGCGGCUAAAGCGCGAAUCAAUCCGAAAGCUUAGCGUACCGUUGAAGCCGGUCACACCGCCGCUCGACACUUCGGCCGCCAUGCUUCCCGGUGCGUAUGGUGCCGCCGGUUCGCCAAAUGCUGGCAUGUUUGUCGUAAAUCCCAUGUCACCGAUAACGUUGCCCGGACAGCAGGACUCGGUUAUCAUGGUUAAUACGGGCAAAUUGAGGAGCCAGGAGCAGCAACAACAAUCUUCCCUGGAAAAUGGGACCGAUCGUAAAAAGCGCAACAAGCGGCGCAAAAACAGGGGCAAAGAUCUGGAGCAAAGCGAACAUGUUCCUUCCUCAAUCGGUACAUCCAUUAGCUCCGGCACCGAGGGAUUGGCUGCCAAUCACCUAGUGGACGGAAGCAACAUUGUUACGCUACGCAAUCCCAUGUUCCACAGCGGGCCGAUGGGUAUGGGCGGUGUCGGGAUGCAUCCGCCCGGGGCACCCAUGAUGUCGGACGUACAGGGCGCACGGAUGACGCUUGGGUACGAUCAGCCUGCAAAGAUUUUCAAAAAUGACAACGGAAUGUUUACGAUACGCAAUCCGGCACUGCAUCAUGCGGUAUCUGGCGGUGCCCCACCGGAGGUGACCGGGUUCCGUCCAUUUAACGCAGCCUACCUGGUGGAGAAUGGAAUUAUGCCACCUUCUGGGAAUAUGCAUCAACCGAUGGGCACGGUACCGCAUGUUACUGCUGCCGUAUCGUCCUGUCCCAGUACAAUGAUGCCCGGUAGCGGCAACGUACCGGCCUACCUUCAGCAAUAUCCUCCACCAGCGCUGGAUGACAGUAUGGGACCACGUAAAUGUAAAUCCGUCAUCGGGAGUGAGAUGAAGAAUGCUCAAAAGCAAAAGCAAAACUCGCUACAGCAGCAGGGUGUUAUCGGUGGUGGAUUACCACCAGCGCCCGGGCGUAGUUGGCAGCACAUGAAUGGAGGUACCGGUCAGGAUAUCUUCAUCGCGCCUUCAUCUUCUCCGAGCACCACUAAUGUGGGCGGAUUAGGAGAGUCUCACUAUUCGUCGUUCAAUCAUUACAACCUAUCUGGGCAGGAUAUGAUCCACGGAGCACCCUCUGGAACUCCCGGCGCGUACGGCGCAAGCGGUAUGAUGGGACCGCCUGGAUACUAUCACGGCACUGGCAACGGUGCACCGGGAUUGUCGAAAGCAGGAACAUCCAAUGUCAGUGCCAUUGGUUCGGAACGAUCACACGGUCUUUCGUAUUUGGGUGGUGCAGAUCCAUCCGGAAGUUUGGCGACGCACUGUUGCGACGAUGAAGCACCUAGCGCAUUCUUUAACGGUAACAGUCUCGGAAGCCUGCCAUCGGGGAGUAUGAGCAACCGAACACGCUACGAUGAUCUUGCCUUCCUACAAAACUUACAACCGGGCCAACGGCUCAACAGUGAGGUUACCAUACACAGCAUCAAUGAGUCGAAGAUGCGUCGACAACAGGCACAAAACUAUACGCACGACAUUCAAAUAACGGCCAUACCGGCACCGUCAUCUCCCACCGGUGGCAGAGCUGGAGGGUUGGGUGUGCCGGUGGCGUCAAGCACCGUGUCAUUGCAACACUUGAUGCAACAGUCACACCAAGCGCAGCUUCAGCAGCAGCAGCAACAGCAGCACCCAGACACUCAGCUGCACCUUUCUGAUCUCAGUCCCGGUUCCGGUUCGGUGGGAUCGGGCAGCGGUUCCGGCACCAGUACCGGCGUCACGCUGACCGAUUUCAUGGACAGCCGAGUGUCCGGCGGAAGCAGCACAUCCACCACUGCCGAUCUGUUGACGCCUUCGCUUGAGCUGGACGCGAAAAACUUUUUGCGCGAUUAUCAGCUAGGACAACUUCAGCAGCAGAUGCAAGAUUUGCAGCUACGGUCACAACAGCAGCCAUUGACGGGAGAAUUCGGAGAUAACUUGUUUGCCACGAAGCAACCGAAAGCGAAUAUCGGCGAACAGGAAUCCGAUGAGCAGGAUCUGGAAUCGCUCGAACGUUUAAAUUAUUUCCUAGCUGCAUCGGGUGGAACUAGUAGCAAUAGCAUGAAAGUGAAUCAUAAACCAUCUGCGGCUAAUAGUUCAACAGCGGAAACAGCAUCCACCACAACUGUGGACGAUGUGGAGGAAGGCAAUCCUGGUGGUGUUAGCAUCGGUGGCGAAGAACUGCAACGACCGCAGCAGCCACCGAUAGGCACACCUUCCAGCAAGAAUCUUCAACAGCACCGUUUACAACAAAACGGGACACCUGUCUCAACGGCCGGUGGUAUACUGUAUCCGGCCACGGCCGACAGUCCCGCUUCCUCGGUGUCCGUAUUCGAUGGCAUCUCUUCUUCACUCAGCAGUCAGGCUCACUCGUUCGAUGAUCUGUACACGGGCCUGCUAGCAACAGCUUCGCCACCGACGUCGAUCUCCGGUAGUAACGAAAGCACCGGUUGUAACACGAACUUAAACUCUCAACUGACCAUUCAUCAAUUGCCUCAUCAGGUGAGUAACGACACGGGAUAUGUCACUUCGAGCGUUAACGGUCUGCCUGAGGCUAGCGUUGCAGCGAAAUCCGCCGACAAUGCCGACAGUCCUACUUCUUAAGCAAUAAGUGAAUUUAUCACCUAAGCGCGAAUGUUGCAUACCAACCGAAAAAUACCCAACAGCCAAUUGAUAAUUUAAAAAAAAACGGAAUGGCUUUAGAGCAACUUUGAUUUUACAACUGCUUUUUCUUUGCCCUCGAUCGGACAACUAAGACGCUUGAAUGAGGGUGAUCAACGAGGCACAGCCACCCAGGUUUACUCACCCAAUUUUAACAGCAUAACUCACCCUGAUCGACAGAGAGUCAACGAAAACUUGCAACCUUUUUGCUGUUAUGAUUUGUCGCAUUAAUCUGUUCCCACUUUUGUUAAACGGGGUAGACACCACACCAUUUUUGCCGAUCGUCGCACACCUCUCAAUCGAACGAUUUGUUGAUAGAUUGCUUCGCUGCCGAACGAGAAAACGACUAUGUACAUACAAUAUUCGUCAAACUAUGCAAGGUAGUAUGUAAAACUUCCGAACGAUAUAUACUACAGUCGAGUGCUGGGCAAGCAUUGGAAUUGGUAAACGAUGGUAUUAGAUGUACUGCAGCAAUCGGCAAAAAGAAAUACGAGAAAAGAAAUAUAGCAAGAUA